AUUAACAGUACCUCAUGCGCGCAAGCUGUGGAGCCACCCGUGCGCCUUCGCUUCUCCAAAUGAGUUGACCUAGUGAAAAGCACCGAGACCAGAUGGUUCCGUCCUGCGGUGCAAACUUCCGACUGGUGCAAACUUCGCGGCUCAGCCCGGCAUGAUCAUUUCCAACUUGAGCCUAAGCUGCGCGCGGUAUCCUGAAGGAGUAGCCCGCAGCACGGAGGCGACGGACGCGUUCGAGGAGGUGUCCGGUUCCCUUCCCCCUCCGUCCCUGAGCCCGACUGGGCACCUUGUGGUGGCGGUGUGCCUGGGCUUUAUCGGCGCUUUCGGGUUCCUCUGUAACUUCCUGGUGCUCAUGCUGUUCUGCCGGUACCGGGCUCUGCGCACGCCCAUGAACCUCCUACUGGUGAGCAUCUCGGCGAGCGACCUACUGGUCUGCGUGCUGGGGACUCCGUUCAGCUUCGCAGCCAGCACCCAGGGGCGGUGGUUGAUCGGACGCGCUGGGUGCGUUUGGUAUGGAUUCAUUAACUCAUGUUUGGGUAUCGUUUCCCUCAUCUCCCUCGCCGUUCUGUCCUACGAGCGCUACUGCACCAUGAUGGCGCCCACUAUUGCCGACGGCAGAGACUUCCGCCCGGCGCUGGGAGGGAUCUGCUUCUCCUGGCUUUACUCUGUGGCCUGGACUGUGCCUCCGCUUCUGGGCUGGAGCAGGUACGGGCCCGAGGGUCCCGGCACCACCUGCUCGGUUGACUGGAGAACACGUACGCCAAACAAUAUCUCCUACAUCAUCUGCUUGUUUGUCUUCUGCCUCAUCCUGCCGUUCAGCGUCAUCCUCUACUCCUACGGCAAGCUGCUGCACGCCAUCAGACAGGUCCGCAGUGUGACUUCGGUGGUGACCCGUCGCCGAGAGCAGCGGGUGCUGCUGAUGGUUGUCACCAUGGUGGUGUGCUACCUGGUCUGCUGGCUGCCUUAUGGUGUGGCAGCUCUGCUUGCAACCUUUGGCCCCCAUGAUCUUUUGACUCCAGAGGUGACCAUCAUGCCAUCACUGCUGGCCAAAUUGUCCACUGUCUUCAACCCCUUCAUCUAUAUAUUCAUGAACAAACAGUUUUACAGGUGUUUCAUGGCGUUCUUCAGCUGCCCCAUCACUGAGCAGAGCUCCUCCUUAAAGAUGUUCUCUCGAGUGACUAAAACGUUACGCACCUUCCACCAGGAGAAGGAGCCCCGGGUGUCCGCCGCCGCUCCGUCUACAGCCUUGCCCACACCCAAAUCCAUUCAUGAGUCCUCGCAGGAAGCCAAUCACGUGGCUCAAUCUCCAACAAAUCAAGACUGUGUGGUUUCCCAAACUCCUGCUGCUGUCAGCCCCAAACCUAAACUUAUUCUGGUGGCUCACUACAGGGAAUAAAAACAGAGACAACAGGAGGUGACUGCUUGGAGAAACGAGAAGGUGCAAAUGAAUGGGAGAGUGGGUCUCCAAUUAAGAAACAAAUCCUCUUAAUAGCUGGAAAGAAAGAUUGCGGUGUGAGCUCAGUGGAAAUUUUAAAUAUAAGCUGGGAUGUUUUAAUCCCAGAACAGGUUAUCAUUGCUCUGUGAGGUUGGUAAACGGGGGUAGAGGCUCUGUGUACAAAUCAGAAGGAAGAUAUUAAGAUUAGGGCUACACACAGUGCAUUGUGUUAAAAUUACACACUUCUGCCAUUAGGAUAUACCUGCCAUAAUCACAUCCAUUCUACACAAGAGCACAAAUAUUGCAUUAAGGCUCACUUACCUCUGCCUAAAGUUUAGCAUAAAGGGCAACGUGUUUCUUUCAUACAGGAGGAUGUUUAAUUUUACAGAAAACAGUCAGGGAUGGAUGGUCAGAACACAUCCCACGCAGUGCCAAUGUGGAGAGGCUGAUUACAAAACAGGAAGCCUGCUCUUUUAGAAAAAAUGAAUAAUCACUUUUACAAAGUGUUUAAUCAUGCUGGGAGGUGCGCUUCACUUACAUAACAAGUGUUUUUGUGGACAAAAUCAAGAAUUGGUGUUAGAGACGGCGUAUUUGAAGAGCAUGUAUUGACAACACUUUGAUUUGAUCCCCUCUUUUUUUUUUAGCCACUAUUAACUGUUUAUACACAUUUACUAAAGGGUUUAUAGCACAUUGUAAUGGGGUUGCAAGUAUUUGUGUUCAUGUAAUUCAUUGUAUUCCCCACCAUUAUAGUGUGUUAUAAAUCAUGCAUUAUAUGGUUCUGUACUGCUUAGCAAUGCUACAUAUUGAGAGCUAAAGUGUUGCUAAUGUAUUCAAUGUAGCUUUCAGAAACCGGUUUUGAAAUUAAACCUUUUAUUUGUGUGAAUUCAAAUCUAUAUAUUUUCUGUGUGUGUGUGUGUGUGUGUGUGUGUGUGUGUGUGUGUGUGUGUGUGUGUGUGUGUGUGUGUGUGUGUGUGUGUGUGUCUUAAGCAGGAAUGUGUUAGCUACAAGCCAAGAAUUAGCACAUUAAUUAGGCCGCAUGUCAGUAAUGAAUAUGGGAAUAAGCACGAAUGCACUUUACUGAAGAAGAACCAGUGGAGAGGAUGAUAUGAAAUCCACAUAAAUAAGUCAAGCUUUUUGCUUGUACUGAUGCGUCUGUGGUACAUAACAGAAAUGAUUCAGGAAGAUUUUUGCAGAAGCACAGCGCUCUCUGGCAGCAUUUUCUUAAACUGUUUGGUGAUGAUUUUCUUUCCUUUUUAAAUGUGAAAAUUACUUGUUUUGUCGGCUUUGUUUGCAUCUACUGUAUCAUGAUUUUUUUUUCAACUUUAAUUUAGUUGAAGAAGGGGGUAAGCAUUUUUUCCUGACCCAGUUUCCAUGCUAGUAGGCUAUUUGAGGAUUUGAUACAGAGUAUUAAAGAUUUGUUGAGCAAUUUCAUGCAAUUUAGUAUUGAGAUUUUUUUUUUUUUUUUAGAUCUUUCUUUACACUUUUGCUGCAUAUAAGCCCCCUGUCAUCAAAGCUGUGACUGUUAUAAAAGCCAUUAAAGGGACCUCCCACCAUGUUAAGUGGGACAUGUAAAGCUAUUUCACUGUUUUAAGUUGUUGACGUUCCUUAAACUGCUGCGUCUCCAUAUUGUGGAAAUGUGGUUUUGUGCU